GAGCCUGGGGUAUAAAUGAAGCGUCACUAGCUGCAGACCGGCACGAAAAUAGCAGAAACCCUCAGAGGAAUAGUGUAGCCUGUUGCAUUUGAAGGAAUAUCUGCUGUGAUGUCGCUCGUAGCGUUUUCCGCCUUGUGCCUCACUCUGCUCACGUGCGCAGCCGCGAGCGCUGUUUUGCACAAAUCCAACGCCAUCAAGUUUGGUCCAGCUGCGGGCACCGCGAGCCCAGAUGUGCUUCCAGUGGACGAUGGGGAGCAGAACUUAGCCAUUGAUACUGCACAACCGCUCGUGUGCACGGCUGACUCUGAGUGCGCCCGCGAGGAGUUCUGCUUCCUCUCCCGUGGCGCAUGCCUUCAGUGCAAGAAACGCCGAAAACGUUGCAUCCGGGAUGCCAUGUGCUGCCCAGGCAACCACUGUAGCAAUGGAGUGUGUCAAGCGAACGACCCAGAUCUCAUUCUCCAAGCUGGGGUAGAAGAGCUUGUGCCCAUCAGCACUCUGCAUGAGAAGAACACUACAGAGGUCCAGCAGUCCAAAGGAGUAACUCAAGGUGCACCUCAAAAUCUAAAAGGUCUGGAAGGAGAGAUCUGCCUGAGAUCUUCAGACUGUGCAGAGGGUCUGUGCUGUGCCCGCCACUUUUGGUCCAAGAUAUGCAAGCCCGUGCUGAAAGAAGGCCAGGUGUGCACAAAGCACAAGCGGAAAGGCACUCAUGCUCUGGAGAUUUUCCAGCGGUGCGACUGCGGGGAAGGUCUGAGCUGCAGGAUGCAGAAAGGAGAUCACAGCAAGGCCUCACGAAGCCUCCACACAUGCCAGAGACACUGAGAUUCUCAAUUCGAGGAUUAUUUGCGGAAUGUUUCUGGGAAGCGGGACCAGUCUGAAAGAACAUAGAAAAAUGUCACCAAUGGAAAUGGAAAUGGGAUACUCUGUUGUUGUUCUUGUUUUUUUUUUUUUUUUUUUUUUUUUUUACAUAUAUAUUUUAUAUUCUUUUUUCUUUCCAUCUCCAGUUGUGUGUGUCAACAUCGCAGAGUAGAUAUAAAUGUUUCUUUAUGGAACUUGGCAUUUGAUGGUUGCAGUACAUUACUGUAUUGUAAAUACUAUUAGGAAGUUGGCACUUAACUCUGAUUUUUGUCAACACACAGAGGAUGCAUCACCCCCUUUUGUAUAUACAGAUUUUCACAAUCAUACAGAGUGUGAGAUAAGUCUAUUUUUUAUUCUAGAUAAAGAGUGUAAUACUAUUUAUGUUUCAGAUCAUGUCUAAGUAUGCAAAGACAAUCUGGUAGAUUAUUUCUGUAAUAGUUCAGAUGUAGAUAUUUGUUACAAUUACCAAUAAAAAGAUAAAUGGUAAUCUU